AUGGCGCCUGAGAAGCUGAUGCACGUGGAACAGGACCACCAGAUCGUGCUGGCACGCCUGGAGAAAUACCUGAGGCUGGGGCAGCAGUGUGCCUUGGCGGUGCAGGACCCUUGCGUGCUACACGCGUUCAAGGUCGAGAAACUGGGAUGGCUGGCACGCGGGCUGGCGGAGGAGCACCGGCUGAUGCUGAGCCGGCUGGCGCGGGCCGGCGAGGCGGGGGGCUGCGCGGAGCUUGUGUGUGCGUGGCUGGACGGGGAGGGCGGCGUAGUAGGGCGGUACGGCGCGCUGCUGGUGGGCUGCGCGGACCUGCUUUUCGAGUCGGGGAUGGUACGAUACCAGAUGCGGCCGCGCUCGGAGUUCCUGAUUUGCGUGCUCCAGCUGUACACGAAGCUGGAGGUGCUGUGCGGGGCGCUGGCGCACGAUGGCCUCGCGCAGCAGCUGCAAAACUUCGAGGAGGCCUUCGUAGCGCGGUGGAACCGGAAGAACAUGUCGCUGCUGCUGUUUGACGAGGUGGUGGACGUGCUGGCGGUGGACGCGCCCUUCGUGAGCCCGCCGCUCUUCAGCCUCGACAAUGUGGUGAAACGGGACUUCUUCGAGCUGACACUGCCCAAGUUUGGUUACACGCAGUUGCUGGUGGAGGUUUUCCAGCUGGACACUGGUGAAAUCGCCAUCUUCAGGGUCAACAGCGAGCGGCUGCCGUACAGGGCGGACCAGGGCAAGCGGCUGCUGAGGCAGAUAACGUCCUGUGGCGAGCCCCUGACGUGCAUCGGGCGCUCGCUCCUGUUUUCGACCUUCCGGAAGUCGGACCUGACGGUUUUGGAGGAGAUGCCCUCCGCUAUGCAUCUCACCACCCGCAUAGAUAGCGACGUCCACAUGGUUUUGAGGGCGGUCUACCAGUUUGAAUGGGACACGUUUUGGCGGUGCACGCUGCACACGAUGUUCAGUGCGUCGCCCCCCUCGCUCGGCGGGAUCGCCGCUAUCGCCUCCGCCCGGAGGAUCUCGCACCCGCCGCAGAACUUUAAAAUAAAACACCAAAAGCUGGCUGAGACCCUGUGCUGUGGCACACAGGGGCUGGGUCUGCAGCUGCAGCCAUCGCGACCAACCACGCAUGAGCGCCAGCUCCAGGACGCGGGGUCCGACUGCUCAAUGCAGACCUCGCUGCUUCCGCCGGCGCCGAAGCUAUUAAGCCACGCGUGGACUGCUGUGCCCGAGGAAUCUGGCGAAGACUCACAGUCAUCCAGUGGCUAUGACAACACCCCUCAGCAAUUGCAGCUCUUCGAGCUGGAAGACAGCACCAGCACACGAGGCUCGCAGAAUGACUCUUCGUUGCGACUGUUGGAGCUAGCCGACAGCAAGCGCACAGAUUCUGGGAGUCUUGUGCUCCAGUACCCGUCAUUCCGGAGCUCAAUCGCCAGCUCCUUACAUCUGCGCAGUCCGUCUCCGCAUUCUGAGGACACGGCAUCUGAGGGAUCUGCCAGGAAGCGGCCACAGCCAGAUAACGGCACCAGGAAUGCAGAACAUGACGACUUUGAAGAAUCAUUUGCAUCACAUAAGCCUGAAAAUAUGAAGAGGCGGAAUGCGUACCUACUGCAAUUCUUGAACCACAUGCGACCUGCCAGCUGA